GAAGACAGCGUUCAGCAGGUGAUCCAGCAAGUAGUCUUCACCUGCUUUUGGUUUCAGAGUGAACGUUCAUGCAGCGGCAAACAACGUCAAGCUCCCGGCAAUUUUGACGAAAUUGGAAAUUAGCAUCAUCCAUGCUCGUCUACCACCGAGUCUCCAAUUAUGCAGGCGCAAGUCUUGCAAGGGCAGCUUUACGCACCCUGACAUCCUCUGCUACACCGCCAGAGAACAACAACUCCUCAAGUAGUAGCACUUCCUCUCGACCCGACUCCAUUUUCGCCACCAAAGAAUCUCCCUGGGACCAUGUCUUGGACGACAUCAAAAACAUGCCUCCUCUCCUCCCCACCGCAGUAUGCAAUCCCCUACGCGCAGGCGGUACGGAAGCCCUCGGCCGCACACGCGCACGCAGACAAGCAAUGACUGCCCGUGAAAUCAGCGCUUUUGACGAUAUGUUCAACACGAUCUUCAAUGCCGUCUCAGAGCAAAAAAAUCCCUCUGCCAAACUCUCCUCCAAGGAGGACGAUCCACUCGCUGUUCUAGGCGGGAUAGGGCGCAAGCCGUUUGGUCAAGCCCCAAUGUCAGAUUUAUUCGGCAAGCUCAGACGACACUCAAAACGGUUGAAAUGGACGACAGAGGCGGAUGAGGAGUUUGAUAAGAAGAAAGAGGAAAUGGAGCUUUGCGAUACGGAUCAACAGCUGCUUGAAUGGGCUAUGCGAGAGGUGUUCGGGCAGUCUCAGCAAUACGAGGAACGCGCUCGGAACGCUAUCGAUAAAGCCGAGCCAGGCUCCAGCUCAAACUCAAUCGCAAGUGCUAGUGCAAGUGCACAACCACCUGCGUCCACACGCCUCGAACUCCAACCCCCAACAUAUCCCUACCUCAUCGCACACCUCAUGCGUUCUUUCCGCGAUAAAUACCGUGACCCCCACCUCGCUCUCUCUAUCUUCGACUACGCCCGACAUCUAAGCAUCCCAAGUUACGUAUUCGGAUGCACCACCCCCGCAUACAACGAGCUCAUCGAAACCCGUUGGUCAUGUUUCCGCGACCUCAAAGGCGUACACGACGCCCUCGAAGAGAUGCGCGUGAACGGCGUCGAACCCGAUGGCAGGACUAAAAAACUCGUCGAAAAACUAAGGCGAGAGGUAGGCGCGCGGACGCUUUGGGAAGAAGAGUCUGUACUUGGGAGUGGAGAGGUUUUUGGGAUGUUGGCGAAGAUCGAACACCUUGCUAUCAAGGAGCCGAGGCGGAAGCAGGGGAAGGGGAAAGCGUCGGGUAAGCCGAAGAUACCGGCUUUUGAUGCGUGGAAGGGGGAUGUGCUUAAGGAGGAUGGGGAAGAUGGGUAUGAGCUUGGGCAGUGGGGUUCUCGCAAGACGAAACCAACCAGGCGUCGGGAACAAGACUCGGAACGGACAGAGCUGGAUGAUUGGCUGGAUGGCAAGAUACCAGGUGAUGAGAAUCUAGAAUUUAAAUAGCAUAUUAACCUAUAC